AUGGGAAUCUGUGCAUCUGUUGCAUCUGAAAUACAUGAUGAUGCAUAUGGCCAAGAAAAUGCUGUAUACUGCACAGAAAUUGGUAAUACAAAUGGAGUACAAGUAAUUGGUUCUACUUACUCUCAUCCAGGAAGCAAAGGGUUGAACCAAGAUUCUGCAAUUCUCAUCCAGGGAUAUGGAAUUGAAGAUGGAGCUUUCUGUGGAGUUUUUGAUGGACAUGGCAGAAAUGGUCAUAUUGUGAGCAAGUUAGUGAGAAACCUAUUGCCGUCAUUGCUUCUUAACCAGAGAAAUGCUAUAGCAAAGAUCAGCACAUUAGCAUUAAACACAUCUUCUCCUAAACAAGGUGAAAAGGUGAAUGGUGAAUCAGCACCAAGCAAGAAUUUCCUGAAAUGGAAAGAGGCUGGUUUGAGUGCCUAUAAAGUGAUGGACAAGGAACUCAAGCUUCUUGACAAAUUUGACUUCUCCUGCAGUGGAACUACUGCUGUUGUUGUCAUAAAACAGGGGGAAGAUCUUGUUAUUGCAAAUGUUGGUGAUUCCAGAGCAGUUUUGGGAACAAAUACUCCUAAAGGAAUCAAGGCAGUUCAAUUAACUACUGAUUUCAAACCUGACGUGCAUGAGGAGGCUGAGAGAAUUAGGAAGUGCAACGGAAGGGUGCUAGCAUUAAAAGAAGAACCACACAUUCAAAGAGUUUGGCUACCCAACGAGGACUCUCCUGGCCUGGCCAUGUCUCGAGCUUUUGGGGACUUUUUACUCAAGUAUCACGGCAUAAUCUCCAUCCCAGAUAUCUCCUAUCACCAUAUAUCCCCAAAUGAUCAGUUUCUAGUACUGGCUACAGAUGGGGUGUGGGAUGUGCUUAACAAUGAUCAAGUCAUAUCCAUAGUGGCCUCAGCCGAUAACGAAGAGGCUGCAGCAAAAGCAGUGGUGGAUGCCUCGACUGCUGCUUGGAAACGCAAGUUUCCAAACUCGAAAAGAGACGACUGCACAGUUAUCUGCCUCUUCUUGCAAACGAGAAUCAACAUGAUAUGCAACUAA